GUGAGGGAGGGAGACGGGAUGGGACGAGAUAGGACGCCCCCUGCAGGACAGUGAUAGACUGAUGGACACGGAGGUGCAGGGACACACGGCUCACGGUGUUGGGGAGGUAGUGGAGAAAACACACAGCGUCUGGAGCAGGAUUUAAUCCACAGCUGCAGGAGAUACGGUGGAAAAGCAGCGCCACACCGCCGGCACACCUGAAGAGUUUCGAUCAGCUCGUCUUGAGUACUCGAAUUCACCUGCUCACAAGAAAAGGGAGAAACGUCCGGCCUGGAGCAGCGCUGUGAGGCUCUGAUAAAGGAGUGAAGAUGGACAGGCAAGGAGGAGGAGGAGGAGACGACAGCGGGAUGGAGAACGAGACAGACAAGAGGAGUAAAGAGCAACGCAACAAGGCUGAGAAAGGUGAGAAGGAGCAUGAAGGAGGGAAGAAGGAGAAGAGCAGGAGAGAGAGCCGGCGGUCAGGAGGCUGGGCACUGAGUGAGCGUCUGGCCAUCAAUGUCUCGGGGAUGAGGUAUGAGACACAGCUGCGCACCUUGGCGCAGUUUCCCAACUCGUUGCUUGGCGACCCGCAGCGUCGCCUGCGUUACUUUGACCCGCUCCGCAACGAGCUCUUCCUGGACCGCAACCGCUUCUGUUUCGACGCCAUCCUCUACUUCUACCAGUCCGGUGGACGCCUGCGCCGGCCGGCCAAUGUGCCUCUGGACAUCUUCAUGGACGAGCUGCGCUUCUACGAGCUGGGCGAAGAGGUCAUGACUCGCUUCAAAGAAGACGAGGGUUUCCCCAAAGAGGAACCCAGGCCGCUGCCGCAGAACGAGGUCCAGAGGAAGCUGUGGAUGCUGUUCGAGCACCCCGAGUCAUCAGGAGGCGCUCGCAUCAUUGCCAUCAUCAGCGUCAUGGUCAUCGUGGUGUCCAUCGUCAUCUUCUGUCUCGAGACGCUGCCUGACUUCAGAGUCGAGAAAGAAAUGAGAGAGCAAAUGGCGUUCCACUCGCACCACUCCGGCUCGAACAGCACGGCAGUGGCGUCGCACUUCUCCCCGUUCCAGGAUCCCUUUUUCAUCAUGGAGACGAUGUGCAUCUGCUGGUUCUCCUUUGAGCUGCUGAUGCGCUUCGCCUGCUCACCGAGUAAAACACACUUCUUCAAGGACAUGAUGAACAUCAUCGACUUCUUCGCCAUCAUCCCAUAUUUCGUCACGCUGGGCACGGAGCUAGCUCGCUCCAAAGGUGGCACACCCGCCAUGUCCCUGGCCAUCAUCCGUGUCAUCCGUCUGGUGCGUGUCUUCCGGAUCUUCAAGCUGUCGCGCCACUCUAAAGGUCUGCAGAUCCUGGGCCAGACGCUGAAGGCCAGCCUGAGGGAGCUGGCGUUGCUCAUCUUCUUCCUCUUCAUCGGCGUGGUGAUCUUCUCCAGCGCCGUCUACUUCGCCGAGGUCGACAACCCCAGCACGUCCUUCACCAGCAUCCCCGAGGCUUUCUGGUGGGCCGUGGUGUCCAUGACGACAGUGGGCUACGGCGACAUGUACCCUGUGACAGUGGGGGGCAAGUUGGUGGGUUCCAUGUGCGCCAUUGCUGGCGUCCUGACCAUCUCGCUUCCUGUUCCAGUCAUCGUGUCCAACUUCAGCUACUUCUACCACCGUGAGAUGGAGUGUGAGGACAGCCAGGAGUACACACAUGUCAACACCUCACUGUGGGAGAAAGAGAAGGAGGACAGCGAGGACGAGGAUGGGGACGGGGACAGAGACGAAGAGCCCGACUAUGCGCCGCUGGAAGGAGGCGUGAACUGCAGAGGGAUCUGUGCGCCGCUGAACGGGACUCUACUCGCUGGAUUGUGUGCUGGGGAACAGAGAACGGGCAACGUGUACCGAGGAGAACCGCUCGUGACCCAAGUGUGAGAAAAGAAGAGAGAGAGAGAGAGAGAGAGAGAGCAGAUAUUCCAUCCACUUGUUGAAAUUCUAAUUUAACCACCACCUCCUUCAGAUUCACAAGCAACAAAAGUAGAUGAGAUUUAGUGAGAUUUUUCCACUUCUGUGCAAAUUAGCUCUGAUGCAAAAUAGCAACAAAUCCAAACGUCCGGCUUAAACGAUUCCUCGGAACAAUCCUGUGAUCUAGCGCCUCUCCAGUUUCCCCACAGACACUCACUUUACUUCCAGUUAGUCCCUGUCUGACACAUGACAAGUCUUCAAACCGUGGUUUCUUACCAUAGCCUGUAUUUAAACCUGUAUAGAGACAUAACAAAGGAAAAAAACGCUUGAUACGUAGCAUGUGUCUGCUGAGCGUAGGCAGCAUGCUUUGCUAAUCUAAGCUGAAAAAAAUGCUAACACAAAGACUGACAUCGAAAUUAAACUUCAGCAGCAUUUGAAUCAAACAUUUUCUAUAGGCUGUAUAUUUUGCCGUUAAAUGCUUAACAGGCCACACCCACAAACUUCAAACUAUCGGUGACCCAAUCGGGUUGGUUCUGAACAUAACUGAUCACCAGCCUCCACACACACUAUUCAUAUGACUGUAUAGCACUAGAUGCUAGCUAGCUAGCUAGAAACUGGACAAAUAGAAUAAAUCCAAUGAAUUAGCAUUAAUUUCUUAUUCAUGGUUCAUUUGUUCUAGUAACCUCAUUUAAUUACGUCAUGUAAAUUGCAGUUUAAAUUUCUUUUCUCGCUACAGGAAGCCGCGCUGACCAUUUAAAAACGUUUUACCGCGUCUACUGUAAAAGUCUUGGCACCCCCUGGUGGUCUGGAGGAGUCUAAAAGACUUAAAGGUAUUAUAAUAUUAAAUGUCUUUGAUUUGAGCGACUAUAAAUCUAAUCAGAAAAGUAAAAAAUGCUGAAGGCGGAAGUUCAUCCCAUUUAACCCGGGCUUGGGACCGACACGGAGAGUUCAGUGGCUGGGUUAGCGUCCUGCCCGGGAAUCGUACCCUGGUGGCGGCAAUGAGAGCGUCGGGAUCCUGCUGCUGGACCACCAGGAGGCUUAACUCACUUUUAUAGCAUUAAGUAACAGUAUUUGAUCUUUUUUUUUUUAAAAAAAAACAACAACAUAUGUUUGUGAAACAUGUGGAUGGAAACUGAGCUAAUGUGAGAGAGAGAGAGAGAGAGAGAGAGGUGUAAAGUAAAGAAACUCCUUCAUCCAGCUGUUAGUGAGAGAAAAACCUGGAUGGAGUGAAAAGACAGGAAGUGGAUAAAAAGUCUACAGAGACACGAACUGAACCGAAACAGGAACAAGACAACAUCACAGGACAUCAUCAGGACAAAGCCUCGUUAAAGGAAGUUUGGGAGAAAUUUUAAGACACAAUUUAAAUAUAUAUAUAUAUAUAUAUCUGUAUAGUCGAUCAGCUUUAUGUUUGCUUCUUUAUUAUUAUUAUUAAUAUUUUUUUGUACUGUAGAUAAUAAUAAUAAUAAUAAUAAGUCUCUCACUAAACAUUUCAGACUACUUUCCAUCACAUCACACCACCUCACGUCACAUUACAUCACAUCACACCACCUCACGUCACAUCACGUCACAUUAC